AUGUCCGAACUCGGUCGUUGUACGAUCGCCGAGGCAGCGUUCCCCGUGCCACCUGGCGCCCGCCCCGUCGACCGUCCGCCGUAUCGCCCCAACCCCCGUACCUCAGCUGUCAUCGAUAAAUGUGUUGGAGAUAUGCUAGAAUGGGGCAUUAUCGAGAAACGGCCCAGUCCAUGGGGCAGCCCUUGUACGAUUGUCGCCAAAAGCAACGGCAGCCCUCGUUUCUGUAUUGAUUACCGCCACACCCUCAACCGCAACAUCAUUCGCAAGACUUGCCCUAUGCCCAACCUUGAGUCGUGCCUGGAUGCCGUCGGGGACGCCCUCUACAUCACUGUGGCGGACAUCCUCAGCGCUUUCUGGCAGAUUCCUGUGGCUGAGGAGCAUGUCGACCGGAUUGCCUUCGUGACUCAUAACGGCAAGUACUGUUUCAAGCGUAUGCCGUUCGGGGUAGCGAAUGCGCCAUGGCUGUUUCAACACGUAAUGUCUAUUGCUCUGGGCCACCUUGGUCCCGACUCCGGUGUUCUCUCGUACAUGGACGAUCUGAUCUGUAUCAAUCGCACAUUUGAGACCCAUCUUGUCCCCAUCGAGAAAAUGUUCGCAGCAUUGCAGGCAGCAGGUCUGACUCUCAAGCCGUCCAAAAUCCAAUUUGGUCGUAAAGAAGUCGAUUAUCUUGGUCAUGUCAUUUCUGCGAAAGGUAUUUCCGUCAGUACCGACCGCAUUGAUGCCAUCCGCGACUUGUCCACGCCGAAAUGUAUCAAGGACUUCCGUUCCAUCCUCGGCAUGGCAAAUUUUGUCCGUCGCUUUGCCAAAAAUUACGCUGACCUCACUGCACCGCUAGUUGAUCUGACUCGCAAGGAUUUCGUCAAACCCCGCAAAUUUCGGGAAGCUUGGGGGCCGGACCAAGAUGCCGCCUUCCAACAACUCAAAGAUGCUUUGUAUUCCGCCCUUGUCCUCCACUUUCCCGAUUUUUCGAGAGAAUUUGUCGUGCACACUGACGCUUCUGAGCUUGGUGUAGGUGCCUUCCUAGCCCAACCGUCCCCUCGUGAAUACGAAGUGUCCGCUAGCAAUUUAGACGACAUUGUCCCCGUCGAAAGCGACCGUGAGUUGUCCUCUAGCGCUAUGUUUGUGUUCCCUGUUGUCGAUACUGCCAAGUUGCUCGAUCAUCAAAAGAAAGAGUUCCACCAGUAUUUCGAUUACUUGGGAAACCCCACCAAGGCUCGGGUACCACUCCCACCAGUUUAA